AUGCAAGCUGUAAAAUGUGUGAUUGUUGGCGACGGAGCUGUCGGGAAGACUUGUCUUCUUAUCAGUUAUACCACCAAUGCGUUCCCCAACGAGUACAUCCCAACAGUCUUUGAUAAUUAUAGUGCGACAGUAAUGGUAGAUUCAAAGCCAAUCAACUUGGGGUUGUGGGAUACUGCAGGACAAGAAGACUAUGAUAGACUUAGACCACUCUCAUACCCACAGACCGAUGUCUUUUUGAUUUGUUUCUCUGUUGUUUCACCACCUUCUUUCGAUAACGUCUCUUCUAAAUGGCAACCAGAAGUGAUCCAUCACUGCCCCAAGACUCCUUGCCUUCUUGUCGGGACUAAGUUGGAUAUGAGAGAAGACAAAGACCAAUUGAAAAGACUUGAAGAGAAGAAGAUCACUCCAAUUACUACAGAACAAGGAAUGGCUAAAGCUAAAGACAUUGGCGCUGUUAAGUACAUCGAGUGCUCAGCAUUGACCCAGAAAAACCUCAGACUUGUCUUCGAUGAAGCCGUCAGAGCUGUCAUCUCCCCAAGCAAUGCCAGUGGAAAGAAGAAAGAAAAGGAAAAGGGGUGUGCUCUCCUUUAA